AUGUGUGCCCCAGGUUACAAAGGAAAGAACUGUGAAUUAGAUAUAAAUGAAUGUCUGCCAAAUCCAUGCAAGCACGGCGCUACAUGUAAUGAUAAAGUGAACGAUUACAGCUGCACGUGUCCCCCAGGUUACGAAGGAACGAACUGUGAAAUAGAUAUAAAUGAAUGUCUGCCAAAUCCAUGCAAGCACGGCGCUACAUGUAAUGAUAAAGUGAAUGAUUACAGCUGCAUUUGUGCCCCAGGUUACAAAGGCCAGAAUUGUGAAAUAGAUAUAGAUAAUUGUCUUCUACAUAAAUGCAAGAACGGAGCCACAUGUAAAGAUAAAGUUAAUGGCUACGUCUGUAUCUGUCAAAUUGGUUACACAGGACAGCACUGCGAUACAGAUAUAAAUGAAUGUCUGCCAAAUCCAUGCAAGCACGGCGCUACAUGUGAGGAUAAAGUGAACGAUUACAGCUGCAUGUGUGCCCCAGGUUACAAAGGAAAGAACUGUGAAAAAGAUAUAAAUGAAUGUCUGCCAAAUCCAUGCAAGCACGGUGCUACAUGUGAUGAUAAAGUGAAUGAUUACAGCUGCAUGUGUGCCCCAGGUUACAAAGGAAGGAAAUGUGAAAUAGAUAUGAUGUCAAAUUAA